UCGUCCAAUAAUUAUUUCCAGUUCUGUUUUCUAUAUAUCGGCAUAUUUCCUCUGUGACCUCAAACCAGAAUCAGUUUGUCAUGGACAUCAAGAUUAUGUUUAUUCUGUUGGGAUGUCUAUGUGUGGCGUUUACAGCAAAGAAAUCAGCUCCGAAGCCGGUUGACGAGAAAACGAAAAAAAUUGCCACAGACGCUUUCGCCUAUUGGUCGGAUGAAGUACCAUUUCCACCACAGCAAAAAUGCGGAAUGAAGUUUCUUAAAUUGGUUCCCAAAAGCUAUCAGACGGAGGACGACGGUGACAAAACUACGUAUUACUUUACUGUGGACAUCAAGUACAACGGCUAUCCCGACGAUAAGGGCAAACAGCUCGUUGUUUCCGUACCUAAGGCCAGGAGUGAAGUGGUGACCAACCCAUGUGGAGAUGCCGACUGACCGUUGGAUGAUUCGUAAGCCAUAACAGCCCGAAAGCUUAAUUCUCCAUACUCUGCUUAAAAUAUACUGCUUAAAAUAUAUAUAAAGCAUCUACAAGCUUGCUGUUUCUUUGCACCGCGGUGUAGGACUAUCUGCAUAUAGGUAGGAAGACAGUUCGCUACUCUUUAGUUUUCGCCUUCUUUUACUGUGUGUUUUCGUUCUGAUUGUAAUCCUCAUCGGACAUUUCGUUGAAUAUUGUGGGAUUAAUGAGUCACCUAACAGGAAUAAGAGCAACACAACUGCACUGAAUAAAGUCGCAAAUUAAUGU